CAUAAUUACAAAUUUGGUUCUUUCUUUAUAACAACGCUUCCUUCCACGCCAAUUCGCCCCCAAAAACAACAUAUCCCUUAUCAUGCGUCUACCAUCCACUCACCCUCUUUCCCUUCUCUUCAUCUUCUUUCUCCACAACUUGCCACCGUACAUGGCGGCAAGACUAGUGCCAGAGUUCCCAUUCAGGGAACUAACUGUUUCAACUGUCGAUAAGUACUAUCGCUACAAUAGAUUCCUCAGUUCCGAGAGAGGCAAACAUGUCAGUGGCAUGUCAGAGAUCAAGAAAUACUUACGUUACUUAGGUUAUUUGACAUCACCUGAUUAUAAUGUAUCAGAUGAUAUAUUCGAUGCUCAGUUUGAAUCUGCUAUCAAGCAUUAUCAAUCAAGGCUUGGCCUUCUGGUUACGGGUAAGCUCGAUUACGGUAUGCUCUCUCAAAUUUUAGCUCCGAGAUGUGGUAUCCCCGACGGAGAAUCAUCAUCUCCCACGUUGCAUGUAAAGAAAAACUACGUGUUCUUUCCCGGGAAACCUCGAUGGGCACGUCCCGUUCCAAUGACUCUAACGUAUGGAAUCUCCCCCGACAAUUUGAUCCAUUACUUGAGCUUAUCGGAUAUAAGGAAAACCUUUAAACGAGCUUUCUCGAGAUGGGCAUCGGUUAUUCCGGUCAGUUUCGUAGAAACGAAUGAUUAUGGGUUCGCUGAUAUCAAAAUAGGGUUCUACACCGGUGAUCAUGGAGAUGGGGAGCCGUUUGAUGGGGUGUUAGGGAUCCUGGCCCACUCGUUUUCACCUGAGAGCGGGAGGUUUCAUCUCGACGCAGCCGAGACGUGGGCCGUUGAUUUCGGAGUGGAGAAAUCGACUGUAGCUGUGGAUUUAGAAUCAGUGGCAAUUCAUGAGAUCGGUCAUUUGUUGGGUUUAGCUCACAGCCCAGUGAAAAAUGCUGUUAUGUAUCCGAGCUUGAAGCCUAGGGAAAAGAAAGUCGAUUUAUCGAUAGAUGAUAUACAAGGAGUCCAAUCUCUCUAUGGAUCAAACCCUAAUUUUACAUUUGGUUCUUUGUUGGAAUCUGACACUUCAGCAAAUCAAGCCAUUGGUUUGAGAUUUGAACCAUCUUUUUGGGCCAUCUCCAUGUUCUUGGCAGCUUCUUUCUUCUGCAUCUAACUUCCUUUUUUGUUUUAAAUUUAGAAGGUGAUUGGCUUUUGAUUAUCUGAUCUCCAUAACAGGAGCUAGCAUUCCAGACCCUUGAAAUAGUGUAAAAUUUUACAGUCAUACAAGGAAACUCCCUGAUCAAAUGGAGAAUAUUUAUGACUA